UCAAUUACACUAAAAACUUUUGAAUUGUCACAUUCAACACUCUCGAUAAAAUGGAGUCGGUGGCCUUUCGCGAAACUGAUAAGUCCAUGUCCACCACGCUACUGAAUUAGUACAGGUAAAAGGUGUCGUAGUUUCUAUUUCGCCUCGCCAUGCACAAACCCGUGCUUAUGAAGCAAAUGUAGGUGAUCGAGUCUAAGAGCGUCGAAUCGGAUCAGAUCAAACAAUUAAUCACUAUACGAAGCUACGUUGUAGAGAAGCCAAAGCUAAAAGCGCCAUGCUCACCGAAUUACAUCAAAGCGAACUGCACAUUUUGCGCAAAAGCAUGAUUUAAUUUAUUAUUUAUUCGACUUUAGUUUGAUUUUUAAGCUUAAAUUAAAAUCCAAACCUCGAUUUUCUUUCCGCGGUAUUAUUAAAUAUCGAUAAUAAAUAAAAUUGGCAACCGUGUGGAAGAAAGCAGCUGUUAAGCUAACAAGAAGCACACUGUCAUCCACACGCCGAUUCAAAUCACAAAUACAAACAUAACUAAAUUCUAGCAGUCAAAAUUAUCAACAGGGCUUUUAUCAAUAAAAAUUAUAAUUAAUUUGCACAUUUGCCUUACUACCCGCUCCGUUGGAAAAAUUAAGAUGUCAACUCGUCGCCAGACCAUAACAUUAUAUAGAAAUUUACUUCGUGAAGCGGAGAAGCUACCCGCCUACAAUUUCAGAAUGUAUGCAGUUCGCAAAAUACGGGACACAUUUCGUGCCAAUCAGACGAUUAACGAUUUCAAGGAGAUUGAUAGACAAGUGGCCAGCGGAAAGAAUAACCUGGAAUUAAUUCGUCGACAGGUGAUUAUUGGACACCUGUACACAUCAGAGAAGCUAGUUAUUGAACAAAAGAAAACGCUGCGACCAUCGGAUGACUGAAAACGGACCAGCUUGAAAAGGACGAUUAGAGAAGCCAGCUGCAUCACAUGUAUAUGAAAGAACACAACUGGAGACAAUAGUCAGAGCACAUGAGCGGCCUUUAAAGAGUCAAAAGACUCGCCUAAUUUGUUGAAUUCUGCUUAAUACUGCUACUGUUAUCGUUUUUUACGUCAUAUAUAUCUAGUUAUUUAAUAAUUAAUUGCAGAGCGCCAAAAGAAAUAAUAAUGUUCAUA